ACCCCGCUCUCGCCGCCGAUCGUCCAGCCCGCCCGCCAUGGCGACCGCGACCCCCGUGCCGCCGCGGUCCGGCAGCCGCGCCGGCGCCCCCACCACGCCGCUGAGCCCCACGCGGAUGUCGCGGCUGCAGGAGAAGGAGGAGCUGCGCGAGCUCAACGACCGGCUGGCUGUGUACAUUGACAAGGUGCGCAGCCUGGAGACGGAGAACAGCGCGCUGCAGCUGCAGGUGACGGAGCGCGAGGAGGUGCGCGGCCGCGAGCUCACCGGCCUCAAGGCGCUCUACGAGACGGAGCUGGCCGACGCGCGCCGCGCGCUCGACGACACGGCCCGCGAGCGCGCCAAGCUGCAGAUCGAGCUGGGCAAGUGCAAGGCCGAGCACGACCAGCUGCUGCUCAACUACGCUAAGAAAGAAUCUGAUCUUAAUGGAGCCCAGAUCAAGCUUCGAGAAUAUGAAGCGGCAUUGAAUUCUAAAGAUGCAGCUCUGGCUACUGCACUCGGUGACAAGAAGAGCCUAGAGGCAGAUUUGGAAGACCUCAAGGACCAGAUUGCCCAGUUGGAAGCUUCCUUAGCUGCUGCCAAAAAGCAGUUAGCAGAUGAGACGCUGCUGAAGGUGGAUCUGGAAAACCGUUGUCAGAGCCUCACCGAGGACCUGGAGUUCCGUAAAAACAUGUAUGAAGAGGAGAUUAAUGAGACCAGGAGGAAGCAUGAGACGCGCUUGGUAGAAGUGGACUCCGGGCGUCAGAUCGAGUAUGAGUACAAGCUGGCUCAAGCCUUGCACGAGAUGAGAGAGCAGCAUGACGCCCAAGUGAGGCUGUACAAGGAGGAGCUGGAGCAGACCUACCACGCCAAACUUGAGAAUGCCAGGCUGUCCUCAGAGAUGAAUACUUCUUCCGUGAACAGCGCCAGGGAAGAACUCAUGGAAAGUCGGAUGAGGAUCGAGAGCCUUUCGUCUCAGCUUUCUAAUCUGCAGAAAGAGUCUAGAGCGUGCUUGGAAAGGAUUCAAGAGUUGGAGGACUUGCUUGCUAAAGAAAGAGACAACUCCCGUCGCCUGCUGUCUGACAAAGAGCGGGAGAUGGCGGAGAUACGGGACCAGAUGCAGCAGCAGCUGAAUGACUACGAACAGCUUCUUGAUGUGAAGCUGGCCCUGGACAUGGAAAUCAGUGCUUACAGGAAGCUGCUGGAAGGUGAAGAGGAGAGGCUGAAGCUGUCUCCAAGCCCUUCUUCCCGUGUGACCGUGUCACGAGCUUCGUCCAGUCGCAGUGUUCGCACGAUGAGAGGGAAGCGGAAGAGGGUGGACGUGGAAGAGUCGGAGGCGAGUAGCAGCGUCAGCAUCUCCCAUUCCGCCUCGGCCACUGGCAACGUCUGCAUCGAAGAGAUAGACGUUGAUGGGAAAUUCAUCCGCUUGAAGAAUACUUCUGAGCAGGAUCAACCAAUGGGAGGCUGGGAGAUGAUCAGAAAAAUUGGAGACACAUCCGUCAGUUACAAAUAUACCUCAAGAUACGUGCUGAAGGCAGGCCAGACUGUUACAAUUUGGGCUGCAAAUGCUGGUGUCACAGCCAGUCCUCCCACUGACCUCAUCUGGAAGAAUCAGAACUCUUGGGGCACUGGUGAAGAUGUGAAGGUUAUAUUGAAAAAUUCUCAGGGAGAGGAGGUUGCUCAGAGAAGUACAGUCUUUAAAACAACCCUCCCGGAAGAGGAGGAGGAGGAGGAGGAGGAGGCAGCGGGCCUGGUGACCGAGGAGGAGCUUUUCCACCAGCAGGGAACCCCAAGAGCAUCCAACAGAAGCUGUGCAAUUAUGUAAACCUCUCAAAUCCUGUCUUCCUCAAGAUAAAGAAGAGUGGUAACCCUUACCUGUAUACAGUGCAGAGCCUUCUCCGAAGCACAGAAUAUUUUUAUAUUUCCUUUAUGUGAAUUUUUAAGCUGCGAAUCUGAUGGCCUUAAUUUUCUUUUGACACUGAACGUUUUGUAAAGGAAGUCAUAUCCAUAUACUUUGUUGCAAGAUGUGAAUUAUUGACACUGAACUAACUGUGUACUGUCUGGAAAGGGUCCCUCAACUUUUUUGGCAUUUUUUUUUUUGUAUUUUUUUAAGUUCUUAUGAGAAGGGGAGGGGAGGGUAAAUAAACCACUGUGUGUCUGGGUGUAAUCUGAAGAUUGCUCCAUCUAGAUUAGCAAUCUGCUCUUGAUUAUCCUCUGCUAUAUAUAACGGUGCUGUGAGGGAGGGGAAAGCAUUUUUUCAAUAUAUUGAAACUUUUAUACUGAAUUUUUUUGUAAUAAGCAAUCAAGGCUACAAAUUUUUUUUAAAAUAGAAAAGAGAAACUCUGUAAGAAGGCAAUAUUAAUCUAAUCAUCAUGUGAGCCCUCUGGAUGAAGGAUUCCACAACCUUUGUUUUAUGGUUACUUCUAGAUUCUUAAUUCAUGCGGGGGGAAGGGAGGCAGGGGAGGGGCGGGGAAGGGUUUCUCUAUUAAAAGCGCAUUAGCUGUGUUUUUUAAGAUAGUGUAACAUGCUUAAAUUUCUUAUGUGACAUUAACAAAUAAAAAAGCUGUUUUAAUAUUAA